CUGAUUUCAGUUCAGCCCUCGGUUUAGUCCGUGUCGGUCCGCGGAACCGUAAAAUCGACUUAUCAAAACGUUCCGUGCCGUUUCUGUGAGGGUGCCACAAGAGAACGAAUAGACAACCGAAAGAACCACGCGUCGCGUUCGCAAAUUAGUCCCAACGGACGGAUUAUUUAUUUAUGUGAUUUAUCAAUUUAUUUUUCUACUCUUGGUCAAACCGAACGCAUAACGGAUCCACCGAAGUUCCGUCGUUUGUGUCCUGCCAUUGAAUAUGGUCCAAUUAAGUGUGCACAAUUUUUAACGGACGCUUUUUUUCUAUCCUGCAUUCACUUCAUCGCCCGACAGGAGUUAGUGCUGGACAGUUUUUAGACAGCGCGUCGACAGCAGCCGAAAAGCCGGUCCCCGGAGAUAUCCACUGGUGGGGACAAAGAGCAAACAGGACACUAACGGGACUCACGGUGCAAUAAAACGGGAUUAUAAGCAAAUAUCAGCUCGCAGCUGAACAAUAAAAAUGGGUCCCAAAAAAGCCAAAGGAAGUACGGUCAUCGAUGGGGUGGACACAUCCAGUAUGUCCCGCGAACAGCUAGAACAGUUUGCGCUCCGGCUUCGCAACGAGAUGGAACGGGAACGCGAGGAGCGAAACUUCUUCCAGCUGGAGCGGGACAAACUGCGCACGUUCUGGGAAAUCACGCGCAAGCAGCUCGAGGAAGCGAAAGCCGUGAUACGCAACAAAGAACGUGACGUAGAGGUUGCCCAAGAGCUUGCAGACCAGGACACGAAAAAUGUGAUGCAGGAGAUGAAGCAUCUGCAGUACGAGCAUCAGUCGCACAUAGGAGAGCUGAAAGCGGAAAUGAUGACACAGCUGAAGAUGGCUCAGGAAGAUCACUCGCUACAGGAACGAGAACUUCUCAACGACAAACGUGACCUGCGACGGUUACUGCGAGAGAAGGAGGAAAACUCUGAACUGGAAGUGCAACAGCUGAAACUGAAGCACAGUGAACUGUUGAGCCAAGAACGUGGCAAGUUCAAAGAGGAAAUUGACGCUAUGACAAAAUUGUUUGAACAACGGCUGCAGAGCUAUAAAGAAGAAGCUGAAGUGCGCCACGAAAUGGAAUUGUCAGAGGUUGAAGAACGAAAGAACGGCCAAAUUUCCGAACUGAUUCAAACCAACGAAAACGCCUACAAGGAAAUGAAGGGUUACUACAACGACAUUACCCUGAACAAUCUGGCGCUCAUCAACAGUAUGAAAGAACAGAUGGAAGAGUUGCGUAUUCAAUCAGACAAGGACCUGAAGAACCAUUCGGAAGUGAUGGCUGAGAAUAGAAGACUCGUUGAACCGUUGAAGCAGUCCCAAUCAGAGCUGGUCGAGUUGCGCAAAAAGUUGCAAUACUACGAUCGCGACAAGGCUACGCUCAAUCGAGUGAAAACUCGGCUUGCUUCGACGCAGAAACAGCUCAGUAGUUUGAAGCUCGAAUCGGACGUCCUGCAGAUGCGCUGCGAGAAGCUGGUCGAAGAACGCGAUCAGCUGAAGAAUAUGUUCGAGAAGUCUAUACUGGAGCUGCAACAGAAGUCAGGUUUGAAAAAUUCCUUAUUGGAGCGAAAACUAGAAUACAUCGAGAAGCAAACGGAACAACGGGAAGCCAUUUUAGGGGAGGUGUUAUCGCUUGCCGGAAUCGAACCGCAGUCGUUGAGUAUCCGAAUUGAAAAACUUCUGGUGCAGAAAAAUGACAAAAUCCAAGACCUACGCUACGAACUGGCCCGCGUUAGCAAAAUGUACGACGACUUGCUGUCGAUGAUGGAGGCUAAAUUGGCAAAGUAUGGCAUAACUUUAAAGGAUCUGGAGCUGAGCAGCAUGAGAUUGGAAAAGUGAAUUUGGCACAAGAGAAAACUUUUCGACUUUAAAUAAGUUGUUGCACAGGUUUGCAAAUAAACUUUUGUACACAGUA